AGACAGAGACUCUACCUGUACCCGCCUGGCCGCCUGGUGAGCCAGUGCCAUGGAGAACUCGGUGUUCCUGGGCGCGGGCGCUUCCUAUGAGGCAGGCCUGGAUUGGCUCGGAGAGCCUGAGGAAAGCGGGGAGCAGCUGCCGAUGGUGGCAGCUAGCGCCUGCGGCCCUGGGCGGGGGCUCUUCACCAACGGCCGUCCACGGGCGGUGGAAGUGCUGAGGGACCGCAGCAUUGGCGCGGACGGCUUCUUGGAGGACGAGGAGGCAGAGCAGUUGGAUAGCCCCGUCUCGGACUUCCUUACCUGCGUGCUGUUCGGUGGCAAGUUCGGGUGGCUGCGGGACGAGUUCACAUCGGAUGGCGCCUUGCGGCCGCUGCGGGACACGCUGCAGCUGUGGUUGGAGGAGGGCCGAUGCGCACAGCACAUCGAGUGGGAUGAGAAUCAGAAGUGCUACACGUUGGCUGAGCCGCUGAAGAGCUACGUGGCUUGGAACGAUCCCAGCAACCUGGGUGCUAUGCCCAACGACGCGCUCUUUGACACUUGCGGGAACCAGGCAGAGUACAACAUCAAGGAUGCCGAGGUGAACAACCUCGUCAUGGUGCCCUGUGCACGUGCAACCGAAAAUGGUUUGGUGGAGUUCAAGAGCAUGUGGCUGUAUCCAAGAAAGGGUUGGUGCUGGGACGAGCCUCAAGAGCUCACUCUUGGCUACGGCUGGGAAGAGCCGGACUCCCCGAUGUGAUGGCUGACGCUACAAUUUCACCAGACCCCCAAAACCGAAAGCACAAUACCCCAG